UGGCCGGGGCCAGAGGAGGACGGCAGUGUUGUGAGCUGGGCACUGUUCGCUACACAGGGACCGAAGAAGUGCUGAGACACAUAUACACACACGCACACACACACGCGUAUACACACACACACGCGCGCACACGUACACAAGAACGUACGCACGCAUCCACGCAAGGUGUGAUCUCUCACAGACAACAACCAAAACAGGCCAGACUGCACACCCCCACUGAAUCAACUGGCACCGCUUUUGGGGAGCUGGCCUGAACCCCAGUUCCUCCUCCUGAGCAUUUCUGUGACAGAGGAAGUGGUGCUGCUUGCGGAUCAGAGAGACAGCACCCCUCAGAGGCCAUGUCCUUGGACAAUAUUAGCCACGCCGAGGCAGCCGCCGAGGCAGCCGUCUCGAACGAUUCGUGCGAGAAGCUGCAGUGCUACAUGGUUCUGACGGAGCAGGAGAAGAAGGCCAUCGGCUCCAUCUGCUUCCUCACCGGCCCCGUCACCUUCCUGGAGAACGUGCUGGUGCUGAGUCUGAUCGUGGCCACGCCCGCCCUGCGCCGCCGCCCCUCCUACCUCUUCAUCGGCAGCAUGGCGCUGGCCGACGUCUUCGCCAGCUGCUUCUUCACCGCCAGCUUCCUGGACUUCCACCUGUUUGGGCCUCCGCAGGACAACAAGUCGGCCUACCUGUUCAAGCUGGGCGGGGUGACGCUGGCCUUCACGGGGUCGGUGGGAAGCCUGCUGCUGACCGCGCUCGACCGCUACCUCUGCAUCCACCACGCGCCGCAGUACAAGACACUGCUGACGCGGCGCCGGGCGCUGGUGGGACUGGCGCUGCUCUGGGCCGUCACCGCCCUGGUGUCCUUCCUCCCGCUGAUGGGCUGGACUUGCCACACAGGCCUGAACCCGCCCUGCUCCCGCCUCUUCCCCUACAUCCACCACCGCUACCUGGCCUGCUGGUCCAGCUUCACGCUGGUGCUGCUGGCCCUCAUCCUGGCGGCCUACGCGCUCAUCCUGUGGCGCGCGCACCAGCACGAGGCCGCCAUGAUGGGGCGGCAGGGGGCCCGGCUGGCGCCCGCGCCCGGCGGCCAGGUGCGCAUGCGCAUGGACAUCAGGCUGGCGCGCAUGCUGGGGCUGAUCCUGCUGAUCCUGGUGGUGUGCUGGCUGCCCGUGCUCUCCUUCAUGCUGGCCGACGUCUCCCUGCGCCUCACCAAGGCCCACCAGCGCGCCUUCGCCUUCUGCAGCACGCUCUGCCUCGUCAACUCCGCCGUCAACCCUCUGCUGUACGCGCUGCGCUGCCGGGAGCUGCGGGAGGCGCUGGGCCGCACCCUCGGGCGGGGCAUCUGUGGCCGCUGCCCGUGGAGGGGGACCGCCCCUCCUCUCCCCCACCCAGCGGCCAACGACAGCAGCCUGGCGUCAGAGGCUGACGAGGCUCUCCGGGGGUCGCUGUCCGAGAAAGUGGACAAACAGCAGCUGGGCAUCAUCAGGAAGUGA